GAAUUUUUCGUUGCAACUGCACCCUCGGUCGGUCGUUUAGUUGUUUUCUUGCAUACUCAGGUCCUAUCGGUUAGCAGGUCUGAGGGGCGUGUUUAGCACAGGCGAAUCCCCUAUCUAAUCGCGACAGUUCUACUACCAGGAGUAGUGUAUCAUCAUCAAUGUCGAUGGAUCUCUACCAACCUGAAAGGUCUUUUGUUGGCCAGGUCGACCUACCCGAAGAAGAAGAACCGUUACUAAAAGAGAGCAAGCGUCGCUUUGUUCUAUUCCCUAUACAAUAUCAGGAGAUAUGGCAAAUGUACAAGAGGGCAGAGGCCUCAUUCUGGACGGCAGAAGAAAUCGACCUUUCGCAUGAUUUGAUGGACUGGAACUAUCGUCUCAACGACAACGAGCGCUUUUUCAUCUCGAGGGUACUUGCCUUUUUCGCAGCUUCUGAUGGAAUAAUCAACGAGAACCUCGUCGAGCGGUUUUCGAAUGAAGUCCAAGUAGCGGAAGCACGGUGCUUCUAUGGGUUUCAAAUCAUGAUGGAAAACAUACACUCUGAAGUAUAUUCUCUCCUCCUCGACACGUACAUCAAGGACGUUACCGAACGACAGUUUCUGUUCGACGCAAUAGAUACGAUACCAUGCAUCAAGCGGAAGGCAGACUGGGCUCUGAGGUGGAUAUCGGACAAAAGAGUCUCUUUUGCCGAGAGAUUAGUUGCUUUUGCAGCAGUGGAAGGUGUUUUCUUUUCGGGGUCUUUUGCUGCCAUAUAUUGGAUCAAGAAACGUGGACUCAUGCCCGGGUUGGCUUACUCGAACGAACUCAUCAGUCGUGACGAAGGCUUGCACACAGAGUUCGCUACCCUUCUUUUCUCAUAUCUAAAACGCCGUCCUCACCCCAAUGUGGUCCACAAGAUCAUUGAGGAAGCGGUAUCGAUAGAACAAGAGUUCUUAUCCGACGCGUUACCCGUGGGACUCAUAGGAAUGAAUGCCCCUCUAAUGUGCCAGUACAUCAAGUUUGUAGCCGACCGUCUACUCGUAUCACUCGGAAAUGAGAAGGUUUACAAUGCUUCCAACCCUUUCGAUUUCAUGGAUAUGAUUUCACUUCAAGGGAAAACUAACUUUUUUGAGAAACGAGUUUCGGACUAUGUAAAGGCAAAUGUCAAUCAUUCGAAGAAUUCCACACCUCAAAACAAAGUUAGAAGACUUGUUCUCGACGAAGAUUUCUAAUAUCUCUGCUUUGAAUUUGACUCAUCCCUGUAUAACCUCAC